CUACAAAAGACCCCACAGCUGUAGAGAGAGCGAAUCUGCUAAACAUGGCUAAAUUGAGCAUCAAGGGGCUCAUUGAAUCCGCCCUGAGCUUCGGCCGCACGUUGGACUCGGACUACCCGCCCUUGCAGCAGUUCUUUGUUGUCAUGGAGCACUGUCUGAAACACGGUCUCAAAGUAAGAAAAUCAUUUUUGAGUUAUAACAAAACCAUCUGGGGCCCUUUAGAACUGGUGGAAAAGUUGUACCCAGAAGCAGAGGAAAUAGGAGCCAGUGUCCGAGAUUUACCAGGUCUUAAGACCCCGCUGGGCCGAGCGCGGGCCUGGCUGCGGCUGGCCCUCAUGCAAAAGAAAAUGGCCGACUACCUGCGCUGCCUGAUCCUCCAGAGAGAUCUCCUGAGUGAGUUCUACGAGUAUCAUGCGCUGAUGAUGGAAGAGGAGGGGGCUGUGAUCGUCGGGCUGCUGGUUGGCCUGAACGUGAUCGACGCCAACCUGUGCGUGAAGGGAGAGGAUUUAGACUCUCAGGUUGGAGUGAUUGAUUUUUCCAUGUAUCUAAAGAAUGAAGAAGAUAUUGGAAAUAAAGAAAGGAAUGUUCAGAUUGCUGCCAUUUUGGACCAAAAGAAUUAUGUUGAAGAAUUAAAUAGACAACUCAACAGCACAGUCAGCAGCCUCCAUUCAAGAGUUGACUCAUUAGAAAAGUCAAACACUAAGCUGAUUGAAGAGUUAGCAAUAGCAAAGAAUAACAUCAUUAAACUCCAGGAAGAAAACCAUCAAUUGCGAAGUGAAAAUAAGUUGAUUUUAAUGAAAACACAGCAGCAUCUAGAGGUCACCAGAGUGGAUGUCGAAGCUGAGCUGCAGACGUACAAGCACUCUCGGCAGGGGCUAGACGCGAUGUACAGCGAUGCCAGGCGCCAGCUGCGCGAUGAGUCCCAGUUACGGCAGGAUGUGGAGAAUGAGCUUUCAGUACAAGUGAGUAUGAAGCAUGAGAUCGAGCUUGCCAUGAAGCUGCUGGAGAAAGAUAUCCAUGAGAAGCAGGACACCCUAAUAGGCCUUCGCCAACAGCUAGAGGAAGUCAAAGCCAUCAAUAUAGAGAUGUAUCAAAAGCUGCAGGGUUCUGAAGAUGGCUUGAAAGAAAAAAAUGAAAUAAUUUCCCGACUAGAAGAAAAAACCAGUAAAAUUACUACAGCCAUGAAGCAGCUGGAACAAAGAUUGCAGCAAGCAGAGAGGGCGCAAAUGGAAGCAGAAGGCGAGGAUGAGAAGUACCUGCAGGAGUGUCUGAGCAAGUCGGCCGGCCUGCAGCAGCGGAUUGUGCAGAAGGAGCGGCAGCUGGUGCAGCUGGAAACCGACCUGAAGAUUGAGAAGGAGUGGAGGCAGACGCUGCAGGAGGACCUUCAGAGGGAGAAGGACGCCUCGUCUCACCUCAGAAACCAGACCCAACAGAUCGUCAGUCUUAAAAAAGAGUUCCUUAAUCUUCAGGAUGAAAAUCAGCAGUUGAAGAAAAUAUAUCAUGAACAAGAACAAGCUCUUCAAGAACUCGGCAACAAACUUAGCGAAUCCAAACUUAAAAUAGAAGAUAUAAAAGAAGCUAACAAAGCCUUACAGGGACUCGUUUGGCUGAAAGAUAAAGAAGCAACACAUUGUAAGCUUUGUGAAAAGGAGUUCUCACUCUCUAAGAGAAAGCACCACUGCAGGAACUGUGGGGAGAUCUUCUGUAACGCCUGCUCCGACAACGAGCUGCCUCUGCCUUCCUCACCAAAGCCGGUGCGAGUCUGUGACUCCUGCCACGCGCUGCUCAUUCAGAGCUGCUCGUCCACCCUGCCCUGACUCAACCGGCCCACGGCCUACAUGGCUCCUGUGACUGACCAAGGUCAUUGACCACUUGGACUCUGCAUCCAGACAGCCCUUCUUCAGCAGCCGAGUCGGUGCUUGUGCCCUUCUCCGUAGCUCACAGCAACGACGCACAGUAGAAUUUGUUACGAACUUGCCCAGUUACCCAGUCUCCCACAGCAUGCUCUGAAAUGACGCCAUGUGAUUAUCACAUGGGGCACCCUUGUGCCCUCUCCGCUGCCAGGCCGCACAGCUCCCCUGCAUACACCUGCCUUAUGUUCCGAGCUGCCUCACAGUGCGGCUCACAUUAUUCUCGUUCCUGUCCAGCUGGCAUUUGACAGUGCCUAAUUCUCUUACUGCACUUUAAAGCUUCGCAGCUAUCCAAGAUUGGAAACGCACACUUUUUAGAAGUAUUAACAUUGUGAUUCAACAGAUUUGUUAUUCUGGUAAGAUUCCAAUUUGUUUUUGUCUUCUCCCUUCCCGUUUUGCAAUAGAAGAGGCUAGUAUUUUACCCUCCAGGAUUUACUUUGGCCCUUCCUAAAAAUGGUUAUUGUGCUUGCUAGUCCCUUUCUUAAGUCAACUGCAGAUUUCCCUCAUGCCAAUCUCUAACAGGUAGUGUAAUUCAAAGAUAGUACAGAAACCACUGGGGGAUCAGCAGCAGGGACGUACAGGCCUAUAUUCCCUGCUAAACCACACAUGUGGCACACACCUGUAAUCCUAGUACUCUGGAAGGCUGACAUAUGGAUCACGAGUUUGAGCCAAGCCUGAGCAACACGUGAAACCCUGCCUUAAAAUAAAACUGAGACUGUGUAAAGGCCAAGUUCACGGGCUGGGGAUCUAGUUCAGUGGCACAUGCCUAUCUGGCAAGCGCAAGGUCCUAAGUUCCAUUCCCGGUACCAGAAAAACAAACAAAAAGCCGAGUUCAGUCCCGUGUACUAGGGUGGGAUGGGGUGGCGUAGAUGCUCAUCUCUGAGCAUCUAAAACAAAAAAACUACAAUGUUUCCUUUGGCAUUACACAGGAUGGCAGUUGACAAAUGUCUCUCACUUCACCGGCUGAAGUAGCUGCUAGGAACCACCUCUGAAAUGACCUGCUGCUGCAGUACACGUCCUCAGCAAGUGUCCCCUGCCUGCCCAGCACCUCGUCAGGGUCUUGGGUAGAUGAUGUGGUUCUGUCCUACCGUGAAACACACUUAACCUACUUCACUGAUUAAUCAACACUAACCUAGUUACUCUGUUGAUAGCACUAGAAUUUAACCUGCAGUUGUUACCCUGUAUGAUCGCAGCAUCACCACCAUUCAGGGUCUUCCUUUUUGCCAUGCCCUUUAGUUUUGCAAGACAUAGAAAUGAGACAUUUCAGUGUUCCAUUUAGUAACAACAGUUGCGUCCCUGCUCCCAAGCACUCAUUCUGUAGCACCUUUUCCUGAGUGUUACAUUAAGAUUUAACUUUCUAAACUGCUGAAGUUUAAAACCACUAUUUUACCUGAAGAUCUAUUUUGUCCAGAACCCAGAACGCAUUCACUUUCAAGUCAGUUUUUGAGGUCAACUUGAUGAUCUGACUUCAAUUUCUAGACUGUCUUUCUCGUAUACUGACCGAAGAGAUGUAAUUAUAUUCUUGAACCUUUUUGUAUUGACAGAAUAGAUUAACAUUUUUAUGAUCACUGAAAACAAGUCCAUGUAACUUUUCAAAUAGAUGUUUUUAUGAUGUUUCAAACAAAUCUUAGGAGGUUUAAAUUCUAAUUUAAGUUACUUUAUUUAGCAUGUAAACCAUGAUAUGUAGUUAUGCUUUGUAUGUUUUUCUUGAGUCAGCUUUUAUGGCUUAAGAGCCAUUGAUACUAACUUAGAUUUUUCUGUUUAAAAAACUUUUCAAGCCAGGAAUGCACAUGCCUGUAAUCCCAACACUCUGGGAGGCUGAGGGAGGAAAAUCACAAGCUCACUCCCAGUCUUGGGUAACUUUGUGACCCUGUCUCAAAAAAAUAAAAAAUGGCUGUGGACAUAGCUCAGUGUGAAUGCCCCAAGUUGAAUCCCCAGGGCCACAAAAGGAAAAAAUAAAAACAACUUUCCUAAUUCUUUCUUUGUGGUUAUGUACUGAACACUACUUUUACUUUUCAUGAUAACUGCAUAGACCAUUCAUCUUACCUAGCCACUACUAACACAAUGAUGCUGUCAUGGUGCCAAUGAAUUAACAGUUUUAUCCUGUAAUGUUUUAAAAAUGUGAAUUUUAUAAAUCAAAUAAAAAUUUGAAAAAUUA